CUAUGGCUUAAUCCUAGUAUUGUUUUUUGUAUGUACUAUAUGUAAACAAAACAAACAAAAGAUCGUUUUUUAAAACGAGAAAGAGGUAUUAUGCCUGAUGCAUAGUAACCUAUGUUUGUCUUUUUUUAUUUGUUUUUAUUUUAUUAAGUCCCUUGAAACCAACAGAUCAAAGAAGCAGGUGAGAUUAUAAACAUGAGGCAAGGGGGUGUGGUAAGAGAAUAAAUACCUGACAAGCAGUGUCACUUUACAGAAACUCGCUGUGACUAGCUGGUGGUUCUCUUACAACAGUCUUAUUAGAGAACAACAAGUACAGCAGAAGAAACGGUUAAAAAGGGACUUCUUGGAUGCUUGCACUCCACUUGAAAGCAGAUAAAGGGUAAUUCCAGCUUCAGUUAAGCCACACGUUUUCCAGGUGCUGUACCCCCACCCUGCACACCUCACAGUAACAGCAUGGAUGUGAAAGGGCUAAAGGAAUACCUGGCCUGGCUCUACUAUCAGUACCUGCUUGUCACCUGCAGCUAUGUUUUAGAACCAUGGGAACAAUCCAUCUUCAAUACUGUACUAUUCACAAUGGUUACCAUGGUGGUUUACACAGCCUAUGUUUUUAUUCCCAUCCAGACACGCCUGGCACUUGAGUUCUUCUCAGGCUUAUUUGGAGGCCAGCAUGAAAGUACAGUUGCCUUCAUGAGCUGACAUUAGAACACUUAAAAAAAAAAAAAAAGGCAUGCAAAACAGACACGUAUGCUGCUGAUGGAAUAUUACCAAUGUUGAGAAAUGGUAUUUGCUUGCAGAGAAUGGCUCUCACCUGCCAGAUUUCCUUAUUGAAAUUGUGCAACUGUACAGUAGUAUCGGGGCAUGUUGGUUUCUAUUCUGAACCUCAGGCAUGACUGUGCACGAUUUGGAUUUGAAGUACUUACGCCUUAUACACCUGUACUCUUGGGUAUGCCAUGAUGAAUAUGCAGUAUAACAGUAUGCAACUUAGUGGUUAUUGAUUUAUAUAUAUAUAUAUAUAUAUACACACACACACACAACAUCCACCUACUCUUUAGAGCAGAGAAAAACAGACAAAGACUUGUUAUUGAUGUCAUACAAUGGAACUCAAAAUGCCUUGACAUUCACGGUAAAUAAAUACAUAUUUACACUUCUGUCUGUGCUAGAGCAUAGUGCUUUGCUUGAUCAGUAAACAAUCAGCCUUACUCAGCUACACUCUAUUUUGUUCAGUCUGCCCAGUAGGAAUUAUGAAGCAACCGAAAUGAAAUGCUUUGCCUACGAUUGGUUGUCUAAUGCUUCUGAAAGCAAACUGAAGAAUAAAGAAAGGAAAAUAAAACCAAGCCUUAUGCUGUAGUGCUGGAAUGUGUUUUGGAACGUUGCAAAAUCUUUAAAUAAAAUAAAAAGCUUUAAAGAAAAGUUGA